GGCGGGAGGCGGGGGCCGGGCGGCUCCUCCUCGUCGCGAACCCGCGGCGACCUUGGCCAAGUCUCCUGGGCCCCGGAACCGCGGUCGCGUCGGCCCUCUGGGUCUCACGCCCUGCCUCGGGGAGGGGCGCCUCGAGGUUCCGUGGCGGGAACCCGGAGGCCGCCGGAGUGGCGGGCGGUUUGCUGGGGCUCCGCCGGGCGGGAGGACUGGCUCCCGGGGAGCGCGCCCCGCUGUAUUUCCCCAACUUCAGCGUAUCGUGAAGUCGCUGCACAACUUUUGUUGAGCAUAACACGGGAGCAGGGGAGAGGGCACCCGGGCCGAUUAGCCGCCCGGCGGCCCGCGUCGCCCUGCUUGCCGGAGGGGUGCCCACGAGCGCGCCCGGCGCUGCCCACUUUUCCUUUAGAGAAUGGGAACAGCAGAGCCGUAGCUUUUUGGAAUUCAUGGUUGUGAUACCUGUUGUUUGCUAGAACCCUUCCCACCCACUUAGGAAAGUGUGGUGCUGACCGAGUACGUUCAGUGGCAGUCCAGGGAGGUCUUUGUGAACCGUGGAGGCAGUCAGCGCUCCAGUAAGGGGAUUUUGGAGAGGUUGCUUAGGGUUAGCUCAGGGUACCAUCACCCCUUUGGUGGUAGUUCUGGAAUCUCAGGCGCCGUCCCAGCGUGGGUAGAGAUGUGCUGUGUAAUAGACACGCAGUAGGACUGGUAGCGGGUCCCAGAAGCAUGUUAGAUAGUCUUGGUUGGGAGAAAUUUAGACUAUUCGAAUUGACUUAAACCGGAACUUUUUGCCGCAGGUGACUAGCAUGCAGAUACCCAUGCUCUGACUUGCUGCCCCUCUACUGACAUGGCCCACCGGGGUGGGGAGAGGGACUUCCAGACUUCAGCUCGUCGCAUGGGCACCUCACUGCUCUUCCAGCUUUCAGUGCACGAACGGGAGCUGGACCUGGUUUUUCUGGAUCAUAGCUAUGCCAAGCCAUGGAGUGCCCACCCAGAUGCCAGUAGUGCCCGCCCCACCCGCAUGCUCUUUGUUACUCCCCGGAGGCAGCACGAGAAUACCAUUGAAUCAGACGUCCCAAUAGAUGUGGAGACUGUCACAUCGACUCCCGUGCCACUCUAUGACAAUCAGAAGGCGCGCAGCGUGAUGAACGAGUGCGAACGGCAUGUCAUCUUCGCCAGGACAGACGCAGAUGCCCCUCCUCCACCAGAGGACUGGGAGGAGCAUGUCAACAGGACUGGCUGGACAAUGGCCCAGAACAAGCUCUUCAACAAGAUCCUCAAAGCCCUGCAGUCUGAUCGCCUUGCCCGCUUGGCCAGUGAAGGGGCUUGUAACGAGCCAGUGCUGCGCCGUGUAGCCGUGGACAAGUGUGCAAGGCGGGUGCGGCAGGCCCUGGCCAGCGUGAGCUGGGACACCAAGCUGAUCCAGUGGCUGCACACGACCCUGGUGGAGACCUUGAGUCUGCCCAUGCUGGCUGCCUACCUGGACGCUUUGCAGACCCUGAAAGGAAAGAUCCCGACCUUGAUUGACCGCAUGCUCGUGUCCUCCAACACGAAGACGGGGGCUGCCGGAGCUGAGGCCUUGUCGCUGCUGCUGAAGAGGCCCUGGGACCCUGCCGUGGGGGUGCUUUCUCAUAACAAGCCAAGCAAGCUCCCUGGCUCCCCUCUGAUUCUCAUCGCCUCCUCGGGCCCCUCCAGCUCCGCCUUCCCCACCUCCCGCCGCCACCGCUUCUGGCAGUCUCAGCUGUCCUGCUUGGGCAAGGUCAUCCCCGUGGCCACCCAUCUGCUGAACAGCGGCAGCGGGGUGGGCGUUCUGCAGUGUCUGGAGCACAUGAUCGGGGCCGUGAGAAGCAAGGUGCUGGAGAUUCACGGCCACUUCCCGCACAAGCCCAUUAUCCUGAUUGGCUGGAACACGGGAGCUCUGGUGGCCUGUCAGGUGUCAGUCAUGGAGUACGUCACUGCCGUUGUCUGCCUUGGGUUUCCUCUGCUCACUGUGGACGGCCCCCGAGGGGAUGUGGAUGACCCCCUCUUGGACAUGAAGACUCCAGUCCUCUUUGUCAUUGGUCAGAAUUCCCUGCAGUGUCACCCUGAAGCCAUGGAGGACUUCCGGGAGAAGAUCCGUGCCGAGAACAGCUUGGUGGUGGUGGGGGGAGCUGAUGAUAAUCUCAGGAUAAGCAAAGCAAAGAAGAAAUCAGAAGGGUUGACUCAAAGCAUGGUGGACAGGUGUAUUCAGGACGAGAUUGUGGACUUCCUGACGGGAGUGCUCACUCGCGCCGAGGGUCAUGUGGGCUCUGAGCCUCGGGAUCAGGAUGCUGAGAAGAAGAAGAAGCCCCGUGACGUGGCCCGCAGAGACCUGGCCUUUGAACUCCCUGAGCGGGGCAGUCGACCUGCUUCCCCAGCCGCCAAGCUGCCCGCCUCACCAUCAGGCUCAGAGGAUCUCUCCAGUGUGUCCAGCAGCCCCACCUCCAGCCCCAAGACCAAAGUGACCACAGUGACCUCUGCUCAGAAGUCCAGUCAGAUCGGGAGCUCCCAGCUGCUGAAGAGACACGUGCAGCGGACAGAAGCUAUGCUGACCCACAAACAAGCCCAGGCACAGUUUGCUGCUUUUCUGAAACAAAACAUGCUGGUGAGGAAAGCUCUUCCUCCUGGCGCCUCCUCCUGUCUCUUUGAACCAGCAGAAGAGGCAGAGAAGGAGGAGCUCCGGGUCCAGCUGAAGCGGCACCAUCCCUCCAGCCCUCUUCCUGGCAGCAAGACCUCCAAGCGACCCAAGAUCAAAGUAUCCCUCAUUUCUCAGGGGGACACAACUGGAGGACCUUGUGUUGCUUCCCAAGGAGGCGCUCCGGAUGCUGCCGGCGGGAAGGCCAUCGCUGUGACCCUGGGGCAGGUGUCAGCAGGGGGACUUCUCCCCACAGCCAGGUCCAGCGCUUCUGAAGGCAUCGCAGCCAGCCCAGCCCCCUCGGUCUCCAGCAGCACCACGCCCAGCGCCCUGCACACGCUCCAGAGCCGCUUGGUGGCCACCUCUCCUGGCAGCUCCCUCCCAGGUGCCCCAUCAGCCAGCAGCCUCCUACAAGGCCUCAGCUUCAGCUUGCAGGACAUCAGCAGCAAGAGCUCCGGGCCCCCUGCGAACCCCGGCCUCCCUGGCCCUGGGCCAGCCGCACAGGCCACCAGUGUGAAGUUGCCCACCCCCAUGCAGAGUCUGGGUGCCAUCACCACAGGCACCAGCACCAUUGUGCGUACCAUCCCCGUGGCCACCACUCUCUCCUCCUUGGGCGCCACUCCUGGUGGGAAGCCCACGGCCAUCCACCAGCUACUGACGAAUGGGGGCCUCGCUAAGUUGGCAAGCAGCCUCCCUGGACUGGCUCAGAUCUCUAACCAAGCAUCAGGCCUGAAGGUCCCCACCACUAUCACUCUCACUCUCCGUGGCCAGCCGAGCAGAAUCACCACGCUCAGUCCCAUGGGCUCAGGAGCAGCCCCGUCCGAGGAGUCCACCUCCCAGGUGCUGCCCUCCAGCUCCCAGCGCCUGCCUCCAGCACCCUGAAGACGCCGUGCAUGCGUCCUCCUUGCCAGGUUGGUGACGGCCACCUCGCGCUGGGCUGGUGCGCGGUCCUGCUGAGCUGCGUGUCUGAAGACCUCUUUAAGAAACGGUCAUUUCUGCCUCUCCGCCAACUGUCACCAGGGUUGGGCCUCUGAAUCUCGAGAAGUCAUGAGGCCAGGUGGUACGGCACAGCCAGGGGAGCACAUGGUCCAGGACCUGCAAGUCUGCUUCCUGCGAUGCCCGCCGCCUCCGCAGACGUGGUCGUGCGUGGAUCAGGGCUCUUCCCCGCCCGGCACAGCUGGACCUGCGUCGGUGCUUGCUGCCUACUGCAUGUCAGGAGGGGCCGCGAGCCUGGUCUGGCUGUGGAAGUGAGGAGUGGGAGCCGCCAGCCAGGGUUCAGGACCAGCGGGGCUCGUGGUGGACGUCACUUGCUUCACUGAGCAGCUGUGGGAUGAGAAGCUGCCUCAGGUACUGAGCAGCCGCUGGCGCUCCUGGCUCCGCAGUUCCCUGGUGAAGGCAGAGAACUGGGCCGUGCCGUCUUCCAGCCCCUUUGCACUGUAGGCCGCGGGAGCGGCGGCUGCCAGGAGGUGACAGCUGGCCCUUUGUCCUCUUCGUCGUGCAUGGGGCGGUUCCACAACUGGAGAGCCUGCAGGUCCAGAGGGGCUGCGGAGGAGUGAGCAGCGAGGACAGCUGGCGGACGUGCCAGAGAGCCCUGCGGUGCAGGCGACUUGGGCCUGGGCACUGGCUGGGGUCAAGAAGCAGGACUGCCAAGUCGGGGCCCAGCUGCUGUAGUGCCGAGCUGUCCCUGGAAGCAUGGGCAGCAGGGUGACAAAGGACAUGCGCCAGGGUCUCUGUUUCCGUUCCACACAUUGUUCUGUCUUUUGCUUCUCAGUGGCAGCGACCUCACUGGGCAGGUUCUGAGUGCCAGCCUGAGCCCUGCAGGUCGUGGUCCCCAGGGACCUGGUGGCUGAAGAUGGAACCCAGACCCCCACCCCACCCCUUCCUUCCACACCUCCAGGGUUUCCAGCCGGCUGAUGAAGAGGCCAGCCCCUUGUGACCGUUCAGCCAGGACCACCUGUGUUCAAUCCCAGGACCUCAGAGCAGCCCGAGCAGCCAUCACGAGGGUGUGUGCAGCGUUCAGGAGCCUCAGAGAAGGCAGGGCGGGGCCAGUGCGACAGGAGUGGGGCCUCCCUAUAGCCCAGGCCCCUCCCUGGUCUGCAGAGCUGCACAGCUGGGGUUCACAGGGCAGGCUGGCAUGUUUGCAUUAACUGGUAGGCACCUGCUUUCUGGAGUCCAGGAGGCAUGUUAGUAAAUUUGAGGAAGGUAUGAAAUCUGAGACAGCCAAGGCUCAGGGGUUUGGUGGCUUUGUAGAGGAUCGCAGCUCGCCAGAAGAGCAGAGCAUUAGCACCGUGAGCCUGCGUGACGCCUUUGGGACUCGUUUAGGACAUGCAGGAGGCCAUGGACAGCCCUUGUGACCGGAGAGCAGCCCAGAUGACACUGGAGAGGCUGCUCCUGAAGGUGCUGGGACCAAAGGCAGACUCAGGUGUUGUCCUGCCUUGAUGGCAGGUCCUGUGAGUGACUUCUGAGGCUCAGGCUGUACGUCUUCACUGCAGAAGUGGAGCUGUGGGGACACCCACUGAUCCUCGCCCUGGAGGGACUGGCCAGCAGGGGACAUGGUUGAGGUCCAUGGAGUCACACUCCCCGGUCCAUCUCCAACCCCCUUUUGAAAUAUGGAAGGAAGUUUUGCCCUCCCUCUCUGGUGGCAGACCUGGGGGCCACGCCCUCAGAGGGCAGUACUCUUGGUGGGGAAUGCGGAAGGAUCAAGAAGCCUUUAAAUUCUUGGAUGACGGAUGUGGUUGAUGUCCUGUGGAAGAGUCCUGAGCUUUGAGGAGGCGUCACUGAGGGGCAAAGACCCCAUGUCCACCCUUGGUCCCACUGCUAGAGCAGCCUCGGGCUGGAUGAGUUACUUAGCUGAGCACUGUGACAGUUCUGUCCUUACAUUGGCAGAAACAAUUAAAAACCCCAGACCAACCCGUGGAUUGCUCCAUCCUGUUUUCAUUUGACUUGGUGUUUUUCUGUGCCUGGUGAACGAGGCAGGAGACAAGGCUGAGGUCACUCGAAGCACGCAGGUGUCACGGGCCGUGCUGGGUCCUUCCAGGAAAGAAGCUGCAUCGUGAACAGCAGUCACAGGUGGAGCCACCACCCGGUAGUUCUGUGAUGGUCCAGUCUUCUCCUGAGACCUGAGCACACGCAUGACCCGGAAGGUGAGUCGCGUGGACACGCGAUAGGUCCUUCUGCCCUCCCUCUUGCACCUUUGAUAUUGGCGCGGGUUUUUGCAUUUCCUUUUGGCCUUACGGAAGCCCAUGUGUUGCAUGCGUAUUCUGAUUUUAUAUUCAGAGCCUGGGGGCUUGGCCGCAGAGAAGGGCCACAGGUGCCCUGGGUCCACUGUCGUUCAAACCAGAGCUGCAGGCCCGUUCAUCGGCCACCAAGGUAGCGUGGGAACCGGAGGCGGGCGCCAGCGAGGAGUGGCGGCAGGAGCCAGCCCUCCCUCCUUCCUGCAGCCCUGGCCUCCCUCCGUGCUCUCGCCGGAGCUUCACAGAACCGAGGCCAAAGCAGGACCGCGUGGCUGUGGGCCAAGGGGUUGAGUCCUCUUACUCACCGACAUGCUUUCCGUCUCCCUCCUCCAGCCAGGAAACUUUAUUUUUUUGGUUUUGCUAAUUCUGCUCCUUUGACCUGUGGGUGCUGGGCACAAAGAAUUCUAGAUGUCGAGACUCGGGGCAGCAGGGCAGGCUGUCAGGAAGAGGGCCCGGCUCUGCCACAGGGCUGUUCUGGGGCUGAGCGGUCCGCUCCGGGUGGAGCACUGUCCCCCGGUCCUCGCGCAUGCGCCCCUCGCGCUUGGGCCUCUCCCCAGCCUCUGCCUCCCUGCGGCCUCUGCGAUUCCAGGGCCUCACACUAGCCAGUGCUGGUGCCGCUCUAGCCGCUUGCAGUUUCCUGCUGAGCCUUCGGUCAGGCCAGGCUGCCUCCACACGUGCGUUUCCACCUUCACCUGCCUUCACCAGGCCCCUUGCCGCCUCUCAGCCUUCACUAGACGCUCUUCGUAAAGACAACCGUUGUGCGGGGCUGGGCUGGGCUGUCACUGUGGUAGAGCACUUGCCUAGCAUGCUCAGGGCCCUGGGCGUCAUCCCCAGCACUGCCAGAAUCACACCAGAACUCCAGCCAUGUCACUGCGUCAGCAAGUGACAGACUCACAGGCCUCUGCUCAGUCCCCCCGACAGCCGCUAGGAUCACAGGCAUGCCACUGUGCCCGCCCCUCUGUUGGGUCUCUGAACACAGGUUCUGUCUGGGGCAGUCUGUCCUCUUGCCUGCGCUCCCCCAGCCUUUCCCCGUUCAGAGCCUCAUGAACACCUCUGUCCCCUAGAACCUCCCCUGCAGUUAGUGCAGGGUCCUGUUAUGUGGCUUUAGUGAUGAGAUGCCCCCCUUCCAAUUUUUUCUUUCUUUCCUUUCUUUUUUUCUCUUUGUCUCACUGGUGGUCGAGCCCAGGACCUCACACAUUCCAGGCAAGUGCUCUACCACAGGCCACAUCACCAUACCCCGAAUUUUAUGUGCCUUUGUUUCCCCAGCAGUGCUUACGUGAUCAGGUCCAGCCUUGGCCUCACGUCAUGGGGUUAAGCCCCCGUGCCUGUCCUGUAUUCCACCAGCCUGUGCCGACUCGGCUUGUCCCAGGUCUUCCUGUUCCACCCAUCCCCUUGCACACUGCUCACCACCUGGAAGUUCUUGCGUACCAGCUGUGUUUUUCUUUCUAGUUCCUUCCUUUGUUGUGGUCCUCACCCAAACAGAUUACAUGACCCUUUUUUUUUUUUUGUACAGGGGACUGAACC